AUGCCUCAGGAUCCUGCCGCCGCUCUCAGCGCCUUGUUGCGCCAGUCCUCCAUCCACGACCACGACGAAGUCCUCAAGGCCGCCAACGCUGCACUCAAGGCAAACAAGAACGAUACAGACAGCCAACAUACUCGAGUUGUCGCCCUGUUGAAGCUUGACCGCUUUGAAGAUGCUCUGCGCGCCAUUGCCGACGGUUCCCCUACUCUUCACUCACGAAUUUACCUCGAACAUGCAUAUGCGCUCUACAAGACAGGAAAGCUUGAUGAAGCCACUUCAGUCCUCCAAGCCGCAGGCCUAGAGAAGAAAAGAAGUUUGCAGCACAUCGCUGCACAAGUUGCGUAUCGUGCUGAGCGAUUUGACGAGGCAUGCAACAUCUACAGUCGCCUCCUUGAUACCGACCCUGCCGACGAGGAGAACGACAUCAGCAUUAAUCUACGAGCUGCGCUUUCCCAGUCUAGUUGGCUCGGGUACUCUGUCACUGAUAGGAUUGUGGUUCAAGACUCUGAUGGGUUCGAAUUGUGCUACAACGCUGCCUGCGCACAUAUUGCCAAUGGGUCUCUCGAAACUGCUGCUGAUCUGCUGCAGCGGGCCAGUAGACUGUGUGAUGCCUCUGACGAUCUUGCCGAAGAGGACAAGCAAGCCGAGAUGCGACCUAUCCUCGCACAACAAGCAUAUGUCUUUGCCAAACUAGGCAAACUGAAGGAGGCCCUCGACCUCUACAGCUCAUUAUCCACCACCAAGGAGGAAGAUCCUGACCUGGCAAUUAUACUUGGCAACAACCUGGUAGCUCUGGAGCCCAAGACCGAGAACCCCUAUCUUGUUGAGCGAAGGUUUUCUACUCUGACAGCCAGGAAAACACAUGCAAAGCUCUUUCAGCAUCAGUCUGAAAUCCUGCAACGAAACAGGCUGACCGUUGACCUGCAAGUCCUGAAACGCGAUGGAGUCAAGCGACGUACAGAGGCUCUUCUUGCUGAAGCACAGCACCCCACAACCUCCGCCAACCUCAGCAUUCUAUCUGUUCUUAACGCUGCCGCGAGUUCGCAAGGAACCACAGGAAAACAACUCCUCAAGAACCUUCAGGGUUUGGCUCAGAAGAGACCACGCGACAUUGGUCUUGCCCUGACUAUCAUACAAAUACAGCUUAAUGACGGUCACGUCGGUUCAGCAUUAUCGAUUCUCGAGUCUUUCCUUCAGCGACUUGAAAAGGCCGAAAAUGUAGAAGCACUGAACGCCCGGUUUAGCCCAGGCCUAGUUGCCCUGACCGUGACUCUUCUGCGCGUACAGGGUCGAGAGUCAUCAGCAAAGGCCGAACUCGUCAAGGCUGCGACACAUUGGCAGUUCCGGCAGGCGAGCCCGGCCAGCUCUCUUCUAGAGGAGGCUGGCAUUGAGUUAAUGAAGUCAUCCAACGACAAGGACUUGCAACUUGCUGGCGCUUCAUUCCAGAAGCUAAUCGACGAGCAGAAGGGCUCAGAUAUUGCCACAGCCGGCCUCGUUGCAGCUUUGGCCACUUCAGAACCUUCUCGCGUCGAGAAACACCUCCAGAGCCUCCCUCCCGUCGAUUCGCUCAUCGAAAGUAUCGAUAUCGCAUCACUCCUGAGCGCAGGUGUGGCCGUUCCAACUGGCAAGACCGGAUCCUCAACUCUCAAGCGAGCAGCACCCUCAGGAAAUGAAGGAAAGACACAAAAGCGGCGCAGAAAGAUUCGCCUGCCCAAGAACUACGUCGAGGGCAGCAAACCUGACCCUGAGCGCUGGUUGCCAUUGCGCGACCGAAGCUCAUACCGUCCCAAGGGAAAGAAGGGAAAGAAGAAGGCUGGAGAGUCCACACAAGGUGGUAUGGUAAAGGAGGAGGAGACUUUGGAGCUUGUAGGUGGAGGAGGUGUCAAGGUAGAGAAGGCACCUCCACCAUCCAAGAAGAAGAAGAAGGGCAAGAAAUAG